AGAAGCCACCAAAGGCAGAGCAAAGUACGCAACAAAGCGGGCACCCACACACCCGUACACUGUACACUCGUACAGUGAAAACGCGUGGGUGGGCACACGACGCGUUGCCGCACGCGCACAAACACACAACGUAUUAUUACAGCUCAACACUGCCAACUGAAACAAAGAUCCAUGGAGAACAUGUCCACGUCACCUGAGGUGACGGAAAGUUCCUCCGGGCGAUCCUCCCCCCUGUGCCCGUCCAACGCCACCCACCUGGUCCUGCCCGUCCUCUGCGGCCUCAUGUUCUGCACGGGCAUCCCGGGGAACCUCCUGUCCCUCUGGGUCUUCGCCGAGAAGAUACCCUCCAAGACGCCCACGCACGUCUACCUGAUCAACCUCAGCGCGUCCAACCUGCUGCUGUGCGCCACCCUGCCCAUGCUGGCGGCCUACUUCGCGGUGGGCGACGCCUGGCGCGCCCAGCAGCUGCUCUGCCGGGUCGCCGUGGGCGGCGUGACGCCCGUCCUGCACAUCAACAUCUACGUGGGCGUGCUCAUCCUCACCUGGAUCGCCCUCAGCCGCCUGGCGGCCCUCACCCAGCAGAGCCACGCGGGGCGGCCCAGCACCUGCACCCGGAUACUGCCCCCCGCGUUCUUCCGCAAGCUGCGGGAGGUGCGCUUCGCCCAGGCCACGUGCCUGGCCAUCUGGGCCUUCGUGUUGGCCUGCGUGCUCCCCGUGGUGGGCAUCUACUCGGCGAUAGAGGCCGGGGGGCCGGGGAACGGCAGCGGGCAGCCGUGCUACAGCGUGGCGGUGGAGGUCGGCGGGAACGUCUCCCAGAUGACCUCGGUGGGCGCCAUCCUGCUCUUCUGCCUCUGCUUCCUGCUGGUGCUGGCCUCGUACGUCUCCGUCAACCGGCACAUAAGCAGGGCCCGGCGGAACACGGCGGUGCCGGACCACCACCGGGUCUACGGCAGGGUGUUCCGGAACAUCGUGGUCAUCCAGCUGGUGCUGGCGGUCUGCCUGCUGCCGCACCACGUCUUCAAGGCCGUCUUCAUCGGCCUGGCCCAGCGCUGGGGCCCCCGCCAGCCCGCCGGGGCCGGCUGCCACCAGCUGUCGCGGCUCGUGGAGGUGAAGAACGCCCUGCUCUUGCUCGCCGCGUUCCGGAGCGCGGCCGACCCCAUCACGUACUUCCUGCUGGACAACACGUUUCGCCGGCACGUGCUCGAAUUUCUGAGCCUGAGCUCCAGCAAACAAAGCAGCCAGACCACGGGGUCCAGAGUGGACCAAGAACGCACCAACUCGAAGGCCACAAAACUGUAGCAAGAGGUGGACAAAGACUGACGUCAGCAAGGCCUUCGCAGUUCAAUAAGAAGCCUCAUUUCAGGUAUAUAAAUAGGUGGAGCCCACCUCCAAAGACACAGAGGCGACAUCAGACUGCACACCCAGCCACAGCAAAGCUCCAGGAAAUCCCCUCGGUUAACUGUAUUUAAUGCGAGUUUUUCCUUUUGUCACACAUUUGUGACACAUUGAAGGGUGUAUGUUAGAUGAGGAACGGUUGGUGUAUGUGUUUGAAGGGGAAUGUUUGUAGUGUGUUUGAUGCGGAAUGGUCACAAUAACAAGCAGAUUCAGGAAUGGUUUGCAUCUAAAUGCUUGGUAUUUUUUAAGCUCGGACUGCACUUUUAUUUAUUGAACUGUCCUUGUAUUCGUUUUACCCUGAAUAAACACCCUUGUGUUAUUUUCACAUA